UAUUAAUACAAUAAUCUUCGCUCUUUUCGUCUCUUCUUCUUUCCCUCGGGCGCAUACAGACUCUAAUAGCAGAGCUUCAUAAGGCUCUAGUCAUGAGUUGCCCGUUCAUUUUGACGGUCGGCGGAGUUAGUGUUCGGUAGUGAAUCUCAUCUGUACACCGCUGGUGCUUUAAGGACGAGCUGGACUACCAGCGUCCAACUCAUUACACAUCGAAACUUACCGUCUUGUACAUACUGGUUGGUUUCUCGCCCUGCACUAGACCUUUCGACAAUUGCCACCGGCCUAGCGCUGAAGGAUGGCUUCAAACAUUGAUUAUGCUGCUUUAAGACAGCAAGCGCUUGGAUCCGGGGCAGAUGAAGAAGCUGUUACGGUGAAUACUCGUGCUCUGAUCGAUAAGGUGCUGGCAAGAUAUUCGGGUGAAUGGACUACCCUUCGAGAGCUCAUUCAGAACGCUGCCGAUGCCUCUGCUUCAAAGGUAGUAAUUAAAUUUGAGACUCUCCCCUCUCCAACUGUCCCUGUUCCUCAGUCGCCCGAUCCUGCUUCCGGUCUGAGACACGUCCUUCUGCAUCAUACUUUGAAACGACUUUUGGUCUCCAAUAAUGGACAACCAUUUGCACCGACAGACUGGUCUCGAUUAAAGCGCAUUGCAGAGGGAAAUCCAGAUGAAACAAAGAUAGGAGCCUUUGGAGUAGGAUUCUACAGUGUGUUCGCAGAUUGCGAAGAGCCGUUUGUCAGUUCUGGAAAGGAAGCAAUGGCUUUUUAUUGGAAAGGAAAUGCCCUAUUUACGCGGAAGAUGCAGCUGCCAGAAGAGCAGGCUAAUAUGGACACUUGUUUUGUGCUGGAUUAUCGAAACACAAAUUCGCCUAUACCUGGAUUGCUCUCUCUAUGCCAGUUCCUUUCAACCAGUCUUACUUUCGUCGAUCUCGAGCAAAUAGAACUAUGGCUGGACGACUGGAACGUGUUUAGUCUUACCAAAAAGGCAGCGUCGGGGAUUCCAGUCAAGAUUCCUCGGGAUGUAGAACCCAGGACCAAAGAGGGUAUCAUGAAACUUACAGAUGUCCGCCGGCAAACCGCUCAGCUAGACGCCAAAUGGAUGAAUAUUGUAGGGUGGAUUCCCUCCUCAGAUUUAGAUGGUUCUAGUACCUCCGCUCUCGAGAAACCGACCGGUGUAGCAGGGGCUGCUGGGCCGUCUCUUCGAAGCUUCUUCUCCCGGCUAGCCGCGGGCACUUCUAGUUCAGGUUCAUUGGCCCGCAAGGCUGCGCGACAAGAAGAAGAUGCGACGCAAAAGGCCAUUGCGGAAGACCUUGUAGGGUUUUCGCAAGCCAGUGUCUUUCUUCGCAUCAGUACAGCCGACGUCCGUACCUCGGUGAGCUCCUCGUUUGCUCAAGAACUUGAAAGAGCCACCAAAAAGCCUCCUCCAAAGGUCACUCGAAUUGCUAUUCUCACUCUUUCUCACGAUGAGACCCAAGCAACCUUAUCAUCCAAGUCCGGUGUUGCCGCACAAAAGGCCGCCGAUAUGUUUGCCUCCGUUCUCCCACAAAAGUCGGGCAAAAUCUUUAUUGGUUUUCCCACAGCUCAGACCACGGGCUUUCUCGCCCAUGUUUCUGCGCCAUCAGUAAUUCCGACCGUGGAACGUGAGAAUAUUGACCUCAAUGCUCGAAUGAUCAGGACGUGGAAUUGCGAAAUGCUGCGAGCCGCAGGGAUCCUGUGUCGCGUUGCUUGGUCGAGUGAGAUGAGCGAAAUUCAAGAUAAAAUAACCCGGUCUGUUCAGGCAAAUGGCAAAAGCAAGGUCACUAGGGAGGAUAUACUUCGGGUCAUGGACGCAGUAAUUCACCUAUUCUGUCAAUUCUCCUCCCAAGAGUCCACUCCUUCCUCGCGGGUGGGCCAGCUGAUUGAGGAGGCUUUUUGGACAUGUAAUGUCAACGCUUCUAUUGAUGUCCUUUCUACGAGAGGAGUCUUACCCAGCCAUGAAGUUCGAAUAGCGAGCCAGGACUUGGCAUUUGUCGAAGGCAUUCCCGUGCUCCCUGAGGAGCUAAUUCAAGGCGCCAAAAGUUUCAUCGGAAAAUUGAAAGAUUUUGGGCUCUUGUCUGAUAUCACGAUCUCUGAUAUCAAAAAGGAGCUUGAGAUCAAGGCCCUUGAUGGAAAUCAGUUGGGGGAUUUCCUCAUGUGGGCAGGUAAGGUUACUAUGAGCGGUGAGGUCGAUCGGGCUUCGGUUCGCUCAUUAUUAGAUGUUGCACUCGCAACGCUGGACCACGAUGUUGCGGGCGGUAAGCAAGGGCAAGUCCUUGUACUCGGAGAGAUCAAAUUCUUCAUCAACCCAUCCAAGAUACCCGCCGAACUCCCAGUUCCCCCCACUACAAUGCCGUUUGCUUUCACAAAAAAUCUUGGUCGCGGACGAGUCGAGGCAUUGGGCUGGGAGGAACUUCAGAUAGUUCCUUGGGUUCGAUGGCUUAUAGAAAACACCGGCGGUCGUGGUGGCCUGACUUCAGAGCAGGACAUCACAACAUCCCCUGCCUUUACCGCGCAAAUACUCCCGGUUGUUUCUAAGCAAUGGGAUCUUCUCAGCCAGUCCUCGAAGGCGACAAUAAAAGAGCUUCUCGCUUCCCAUACAGUCAUUCCCACUAAGCUUGGGAUGAAGAAACCGUCAGAUGCGUACUUUUCUUCGGUAAAGCUCUUUGAUGAUUUGCCCACUGUGAGUGGCUUGAACAGCGUUAAGGAUAAGUUCUUGCUCGCCUUGGGCGUCCGAAAGACAGUUGAGCUUGGUGUUGUUUUCGACCGCCUCAUGGCCGCUCCGAAGCUAUCCGAGGGUGGUUCCACUACCACAGAGGCAAAAUGGAGUCACGUUGACCUCAUUCGGUAUCUGGCUGCAAUUCGUGACGACAUCCCGCCGGAAGACAUUAAACGUCUGAGAGCGACCCCAAUAUGUCCAGCCGAAGAUAGGGAUGAUAGCAGCAAACCUAGUGCUCGAAAGUACAAAAUCUCAGAGCUUUUCGAACCAAGUGAUGCGCUGCGUUCUCUCCAUCUACCAGUCUUGCAGUGGCCUGGAAUUUUCCGAAAUUCGAGCGUGGAAGGCAAGUUUUUGACCUUCCUUGGACUGCGAUCUUUCCCAUCGGUGCCAGAGUUAGUUGAUUUGAUGGCGAAAUCUGUCGCGGAACAAAACUUUUCACUUCGCGACCACGCUCUUACCUAUUACAUUUCAAAUCAUCACAUCAAUGGCUACAGCAGAUUCGAUGUAUCUAGCAUCCAGACUCCUUAUCUUCCACUACAAGGGGAGGAUGCGAAGAAGCUGGCUACGCCAAUUGCUUGUUUCUCCAAUGAACGGGCUGCCUUAUUGGGCUUUCCGAUAUUGAGGAGGGAUUUGCACAGCCACGCGUCGAAAUUUGGUGUCAUGCCUGAUCCACCAAUGAAUGAAAGUGUUAAUAGACUCAUUAAAGAACCGCCGAGAAACACCCGCGCUGCAAGGGAGAUGUUUAGUUACUUCUCUGGACGACUGAUGGAAAUGGGUCCCAACAAUGUUCAGAAGCUCAGCGUUGCGCAAAUCGUACCAAUCGUGUCUCAGACAGCCGUUCCAAAUGGCUCAAUCUCCGAGAAGGCAGGCUCCACUCGCCUUGUACAGCCGCGCAUGUGCUUCCUCGGAGACGGUCAAACGUAUGGCGAAAUAUUUGAUUUCGUUGACUUUGGAACAGAAGCAAACAUGUUUCUGCUCAGAUGCGGCUCUAAGCAUGAGCCCAGCAAAAUAGAAUUGGCGGAGAUGGUUGUUCGCGAACCUGCGCGCUUGUUGAGCGUGUUCAAAAGCCCAGAUAAAUAUUUGGACUUGCUCCGUAAUCUUGCUGAGAGCAUUUCGUCGUUGAAAAAAGAUAAAGCGCUUUACAAAGAAAUGAGGCAUGCUCCAUUCCUCCUUGCGUAUAAAGAGGUUCCCGCCCCACCGACGAAAAGCAACGAAAAGAAUCUCAUCGAUAACGAACCUGACGGUCUCGAUGAAGAAGAAGAAAGCGGUAUAAAGGAAUGGUCACUCGCUAGUCCAAGCAAUAUCAUUGUUGUGGAUGAUUUUAUUAGCUAUAGUCUGUUCAAAGAUCGUCUGCUUGCGGCACCUCAAGAGGAGGUCUUGGAACAGUUUUAUUGGAGCCUAGGGGCGCCAACGCUUAGUUCGAUUGUUGAGGAGGAACCUCGGAUUGGAGCUGUGGUCGAAAAUCAGUCUUCGUCCAGGAAGCUUCAAAAACAAAUAGUUGAGCGGUCUAGGCUUUUCCUCCAUGAUUAUAGUACAGACAUGAUCAAACACGACACCCGGUGGUUGGAAAAGAAUUUAACGGUUAAGGCUGUUCGCUCCAUCUCUUUACGACGAACGCUGAGAUAUCAUAACCUUUCACAUACUGAAGCACGAACGGCCGCAAUAACACUAGACCAGCGGAAGAUGUGGACCCUGUGGAUUACCGCUAGCGGCUAUGACUUAUUCCAAGUCAGCCAGGCAUUAGUCAAUCUGCUUCUCGUCCGGCCUCGACCUCACUCAACAAUGAUGCUAGAGAUGCUCCUUGGUACUGAUUUACUGAAAUUGAAAGCCCGCGGCUAUAACGUUGAUAGAAUACUCCGCGCAAAGGCCGUGGAAGCGCGCAUAGCUGAAGACCAGCGGCAGAAGCAGUUGGAAGAGGAGCGCAAACGUAUCGAAGAGCAAGAACGAACAUGGGCCGAGAAUGAGAGGAAUCGCCGAAGGAGCUUUGCACAACAUGAACAGGAACAUAGUGUCAAGAUGCCCGGGGCAUUCGGCUCGGACUCACCUGAACAAACAAAGACCUUGGGGCCAGAAGAUAACACAUCUCAUGGUCUGGAUGCUGAAUCUCGAAACAGGAAACCGAAGGGUCUAUUUUCGUCUCUCACUAAACAACUUGGAUUCCGGGACGGCGCAUUCUCUUCCCAAAAUUUGCAAAAUUUGUUGUCGAAUAGCAAUGAUGUCGAAGGGUCCAACCGGGGGCCGCAUCCACAGGAACUGACACCUCCUCCUCCGUACUCCUCUUCAGAUCCACAACAGCAAAGCACUAAGUCAUUGGUUCCACAGCCUCGUCACCCCGAGUCCGUCACUGCUCCUCAUCGACUACACCAGAACCUUCUCUCCGCCAUCCAUGCCUCUCGGGCUCACGGGGCUUCGGAUGUCUUCUCUCGCCCACACGCCAACGCUAUCAAAGAGACAGCGUCGUACUGUGAUGAGCGGCCCGGCCAAGACAUAACAUUUUAUGCCGAUUCUGCAUCUGGACUCAAAAUAUUCUUAUCGAAUUCCAUGGCCGACAAAUCUAAUUUCCUCGCCGAAAACUCCAAAGGUCUAAAUGCCUUCUCAUCGGUGCUACUCGACUGCGGCGAUAUUUUUGCCCUACGUCGAGAUAGUUUGCACGUCUUCUACGAUGAAAACGGAAGCACAAUAGCUUUCAACCGUCAAGGAAGCUUAUUUUGUAAUUACCGCUUUUUUGAACAGCUACAUCUAUCGGAUCUUCAAAACGGGGGCCCAGAAAUGCGAGCUGAAGCGACUGUGUACUGGUGGGUUGUGUUAUGCCAUGAACUUGCGCAUAACCUCGUCGGUGAUCAUAGCGCCGACCAUAGUUAUUAUACGGAGAGCUUCGUAAUGCAAUAUUUUGGGAAGGUGAUGGCGAAAGUUGCACAGUUCUCUGUUCCUGCCGCUCGUCAACUCUCCUCCGCUGAAGGUGAUUAAGCUGUUCAAACUUCCAAUUCCACGGCUCUUUCUCUUGGGCACUUCAUAUUUCCAUCUUAUGAUACAACUUUUAUAUGUCUCGGAUUUUCAUUCCCGGAGUUCAGUACAAUAUUCCUCAUUUCUGCAGACAAGUUCAUAGAAGUUUGACUAUCUACGGUCCUGAUUUCAACGGUAUUUUCCUUCAAAAGGGUGUUCGGACUGGCCUUAUUCAUCAAUCCUAGAAAGAUAGAACUCACGAAAUAGAUACCAGCAACUCCCCUAUCAUUGUACUAUCCAUCUGAAAACAAGUUUCUCACCUCAAAUCAUGUACCGUAUGUAUGAUGAAUGUACGUGUCCAGGGAAAGCACAAAUGCCCUGAUUGAGCCGGAUACCUAUUUGUCGGCGCCAAUAGGGAAAUUAUCCAGAUCUAUCUCUCAG